AUGCCCCGUUUUAAGAUACCGAAAUGUUUUAUUUUCACCUGUUUGUACGAAUGCAGGGUGCAGUUCUUGGGAGGCAGUGAUGUGUCCAAGCAGGCAAAGGGAUCAGUUUCUUAUUCUUUUCCCACAAAUUCGAGAAAUGCCAACAUGAAGUCUCUGGGCUUGAAGAUAGCAGCAUCCUUAAAAAAGAAUAGUGGAUUUCCAGCUGAUGGUUGCUUGGAAAAUGAUGACACACUGUCGUUAAAGAGCACUUCUGUGCGAGCCCAGGACCAUCCAACCACAAACUCUGUUAUUCCUGUGGAUUCUGUUGUUGCAGCAGAAAUCAUAUCUACUGAUCUGUCAUGUGUCGUGGACACAUUGUCAAACGAAGAAGACGAUGCUGAACUUGAUCUGGAUAGUCCGACCGAGGGCUUCUCAUCGAUUUCGGAGGCUAUUGAGGACAUUCGACAAGGAAAACUUGUGAUUGUCGUUGAUGACGAAUCAAGAGAAAAUGAAGGUGAUCUUAUAUUGGCUGCUUCUUUGGUUACCCCAGAGGCUAUGGCUUUCAUAGUAAGGCAUAGCACAGGAAUUGUGUGUGUUAGCAUGAAAGAAAAUGAUCUGGAAAGAUUGAACCUUCCUUUGAUGGUUUCAACAAAGGAAAAUGAGGAGAAGCUAUGUACUGCUUUCACCAUUACUGUGGAUGCUAAAGAAGGCACAACAACUGGGGUAUCUGCAAAGGAUAGGGCAAAGACAGUCAUGACUCUUGCAUCCCCUUACUCAAAGCCUGAAGAUUUCAAUCGGCCUGGCCAUAUUUUCCCUCUGAAGUACAGAGACGGGGGUGUUCUCAAACGAGCUGGACACACUGAAGCAUCUGUUGAUCUUGCUGUGCUGGCUGGGUUACCUCCUGUUGGAGUACUCUGUGAGAUUGUGGAUGAGGAUGGCUCCAUGGCUCGCUUACCCAAGCUGCGCUUGUUUGCUGAAAAGAAUAAUUUGAAGAUCGUAUCGAUUGCUGACUUGAUUAGAUAUAGGAGAAAAAGAGACAGACUAAUUGAACGUGCAUCUGUUGCACGCAUACCUUUGAGAUGGGGCAAUGUCCGUGCUUACUGCUACAGAUCUGUUAUUGAUGGGAUCGAGCAUAUCGCAAUGGUGAAAGGUGAGAUUGGAGAUGGUCAAGAUAUUCUUGUGAGGGUCCAUUCUGAGUGUCUCACAGGAGACAUUUUUGGAUCAGCAAGAUGUGAUUGUGGUGACCAGCUUGCAAUGUCAAUGGAGAGGAUUGAGAAGGCCGGAAGGGGUGUACUAGUUUAUCUUCGUGGGCAUGAAGGGAGGGGUAUUGGUCUGGGUCACAAGCUUCGUGCUUAUAACUUACAAGACGAUGGACGUGACACUGUGGAGGCUAACGAGGAACUAGGACUGCCUGUGGACUCGAGGGAAUAUGGGAUCGGUGCACAGAUAUUACGCGAUCUAGGAGUCCGUUCAAUGAAGUUGAUGACUAACAAUCCUGCCAAAUAUGUUGGUCUGAAGGGUUACGGGUUGAGCAUUGUGGGUAGGGUGCCCUUGGUAACUCCAAUAACCACUGAGAAUCAGAGAUACUUGGAGACCAAAAGAACGAAAAUGGGGCAUGUAUACUCCAAUUGA